AUGGUGGGAGAGAGCACAAAGAUCGAGGGGAGCUCGCAAGGUGUGCAAGCAGGUACUGACGCGGAUGCGGAUGCUUGGAGCCAGUCGAGCAAUCAACUCGUGGCGACACCGCACAGAGGUAGCGAUAAGCCUCAGGCAUGUCAGCCUGCGAUCUCGAUCCGCGAUUUGCCGGAAGACGAUGCGGUCAUGGAGGGAGUGUGCGGGCGAGCUGGUCCGAAUGAGGGGGGUGGCCGCCCGCAUACGGUCGUGGGGACACGAUCGAUGCGUCGGGAAGACCUGGUUACGUUGGCAGGAGAGCAUAUGGGAGCAGCGAAGGUACCGGAAGGCAGCGCUACGAGUCAGAGCACGGAUGGCACACAUAGCAGAAGGGCGUGCGUUUUGGAGCUGGUGGGAGAGAGCACAAAGAUCGAGGGGAGCUCGCAAGGUGUGCAAGCAGGUACUGACGCGGAUGCGGAUGCUUGGAGCCAGUCGAGCAAUCAACUCGUGGCGACACCGCACAGAGGUAGCGAUAAGCCUCAGGCAUGUCAGCCUGCGAUCUCGAUCCGCGAUUUGCCGGAAGACGAUGCGGUCAUGGAGGGAGUGUGCGGGCGAGCUGGUCCGAAUGAGGGGGGUGGCCGCCCGCAUACGGUCGUGGGGACACGAUCGAUGCGUCGGGAAGACCUGGUUACGUUGGCAGGAGAGCAUAUGGGAGCAGCGAAGGUACCGGAAGGCAGCGCUACGAGUCAGAGCACGGAUGGCACACAUAGCAGAAGGGCGUGCGCUCAAUUCAUGGAAGGAUGCUGUAUUUCUUGGGCAGCAUGGAAGAGCUUCAAGGGAUUGUUUCCGAAAAUCGUCGGAUUUGAAAGUUUUGUCAGGAGUAUUUCUGAGAUGGUUUGA